AUGGCUUCAAACAAAGUGCCAGUCUACUCGACUAAUGAUCUCAAGUCUACGAGUGACGAUGCCCUUCUUCCUUACCUGACGAAUCUCCCUGCGCCAUACGCUUUUACGCCAGACCAUUCCAAGACGAACAUCCGCUUCCUUCUCGGAUUUAGCGCUAUCGCCAUUGCAGGGUUUACUUUCUAUGCAGACCGCAUGCUCGGCUGGGAAGCAACUACCUCGCCAUGGAUCAUUGCAGCGGUUGCAGCCUACUUUGUUCUGAACAGCGCUUUGACAUACUGGAUCUGGGCUGUUGAGGGUGGGGAGGUAUACGCCGGAAAGCGGAAGACUGGGGAAACGAUAUCUGUCUCAUCUUCAGCCCAAAAACUCUCGAAUGUCUACAAGCUACACAUCAUCUAUAAAUCUGCCACUGGCAAGGUCCUUCAGGAUAAGCGCUUCGAGGCGCCCUUCGCAACUUGGUUUUCGGCUGACGGUGUCUUCCACCCUGAGCCUUUCCGUCGCUGGGUAGCUGGCGAGAUUGAUGUGUUGAGGUUGGCGGCGAAGGAAAAUGAGAAGAAGUCUGGCUAG